AUGGCGCCACGCGUGCAGACGGACUACCACAGCGGAGAAGAACCAACCAGAUACUCGCUGAGGGCACUGAAACGCAGCGGAAAAUCUUUUCUACGGUCGUACAAUAUCAAUGCCUCGACGAUAAACAGAAAGGAAGAUUUCUUCCAUUACUUGGGGCUUCAAAUGAAAAGAUCUCAGUGGGAAUAUAUACCGUCGGAUAGUGUUCACAGUACAAAAAAACUUAAUAUUCCCAAUGGGUUGAAGUUACGUAACUGUAGUGUUGUCGUCCUGGGGACAAUGUGUAAAAUAUGUGGAAAAUAUUUUAAGUGCGAAACGGACAUGAACGUACACGUGGCAUGGAAGCACAACGAGGAUUCUACAACGAGUGCCGUCGUCACGAAAGAAACUCAGGACAAUAGUGAAGCAUGUCAGGUAUUUACAAAUUCUUCUUGCAACUACACGAACAAGAGUCCUGGAACAAAGUUGCCCGACAAAUUACGUUUAAUUUUAAGGAUAGGCAACGAAAUUGUCACCGACACUACCGUAAAGCGUAAGCAUCUAAAAUUGCAUAAAUCAACGAACACGGCUACACAAACCGAACCGGCCGGCCCUGCAGAAUUAAUUGUAGAAAAUUGUUCUGACAAAAGUAUCGAUCACUCUGUAUCCGGUAAUAGUCCUUGCCAGUGUUGUGUCGCGACCAUGCAUGUAGCAAACAGUAGCAAUCAAUAUUUAGCUGAUUACAUUGUAGCAAAUAACGCAACUGAAUACGAAGAAAGCAAGGGGCGAGAAGAAAGUGCCAGUGUGGAUGGGCUCACGGAAUCGUUCCAGACGUCUAUGUGUGAAAAAGAGAAUGCUAUUCGUGACGGUUUACCGGACUCGAUACCAUUAAAAUCCGAUGUGACGAUAAUCGAAAAUAACUCAACUGAACACACGGAUACAAAAACGUUGUUUUCUCAUAAAAAUAUUAAUUCUACCCAACCAUCGCCGAAUGUAAACACAUUGUCGGUACCGAGUGACAUAUCAAAACCUAAUAUGGGCACUACCAAAAUAGCUGAUAAUACAAGUGAAACUGUCCAGUCAUCUUCGAAAAAUACCGACAAAAACUACAAACAAAAAGGCAGUCCGAGCGAGAGGCAGUCGGCGAAAGUAACGAGUACAGUGAAACUGAUAAUGCCUGUAAUAUUCCCAAUAAUCAUGCCGAACAAUGUGAUUUCCCCAACGAAAACCAUGGAACAUCGAUGCUCAACACCGCCACAACAACAACAACAACAAGAACACACGAGAGUGUCCACUGUCGAGAACCAAAAUUCCGACGAUGAAGUGCAAGAGGUUCUGCGGAUCGUUAGAGGGAGCAGCAGCACCGAAGAUAUUAAUCAAGAAUCACCGAAUCGUUACGAGCAGGAAAUGUUGGCGCGGGACGCAAUCAGAGACAUGUUACGAAUGGAACAACUGGGCUGGCAUUUAUUGGAAACAGAAAACGUUGAGUUGAAGAAGAAACGAAAACGGACCGGUGGAAAAUUCGACGUCAGGAGCAGCGUCGCGGACAUGACCGCGAAGAAGCGAACAAAGGUCGCCGGUUCCGAUAACAAUAAUACUACCGUUAGAAAUAUGAUGAACGGGAGGGGCGUUUCGAACGUCUCGAAAGAGCUAUUCGCGAAGGUGCAAAAGCCUUGCUGCGACAAAGUGCUGCCUGUGCCGGAGAACGCGAAAGAGAAUUUGCUGGUGUGCAACGGGAAUAUCAGUAUUCUGCCGGAGACGUUGCUGCGCUACUACGGUAUCAGUUACUACAACGAGGUGUUCGAGAUAAACAAUAACAUGGAGACAACGGUUCAGGGACCUGUUAGUCGGCUGCUUGUCUCGUGUUCCGGCAUAGCGGAGAAUAAGAGUAAUAAACCAACUGUAAUAGAUCUAGUCAACGACACCGAUGAAUAG